UUUCAGGAAGGAAACCAGAGCCUGGGAACGGCGCUGCCAACCCUGCUCAAGUAAUGGAACACACCCGGAACUCGAGUUCCUUAUUGAUUCAUCUAAAACAAUCUUUGGUUUGUACUUAUGUGCAGCAAAUGUGCAUGAGUGUGUAAUGCUGAACUUUAAAGAGCGAUAAAACAUGUCUGGCGUGGACGACGCUAAAGAGGAACUUAAGGAGAUUGACAUAUGUGACAUCUGCUCGGAGGAGGAGAGUGGAGUUUUCGUCAGCUCAGGUGCGUCGUACCUUGAAGGGUUCUCGGCGUUUCACAAAUGGGUUUCAAAGGGACGUUCAGUCUCAGAUGAAAACUGUGAGAGCGCCAAAACAGCUUCAUCAUUAUCAGUCGCACUAUCCAAGUGCGCAAAUGUGCCACAUGGAUCACCAGCUGGAGAGAUCCGUAUGGAGAGAGAAGGAGGGGGGAUCCAUGAAACAGGUGUGUAUUCGGAUGAAGAUGAUCUGAGAACGUCCCGGGCAUCAUCUAUAGUGGAGUGUUUGUUAGUGGAGCUCUAUGACACGUACAGUAAUAGCGUCAGAGGGGUGGACAGCUCGACAGAAGCCUCCAGCUCGGAUGCCUUCCUGGGAAGAAGCAACACCGGCUCCAACUUUCUGCAAGAACUUCAGGAGAAGCACACGAGACGCCAUCAGAUGAAGUACCUGGCUCAAAAAGGUCCAGAGGAGCUGAAGUGGAUCGUUCAAGAGGUGAAGUAUCGCAUCGCUGUCCAGUCGGCCAAACUGGUGCGUCAGGUCAAGAGGAGGGACAGACUCCGGCAGAAGUUUCAAAAGAACUGUGAUAUAGUCACCGCCUGCCUGCAAGCCGUCUCUCAGAAAAGACGGGUGGACACCAGGUUGAAGUUCACUAUCGAACCCUCUCUAGGCAAGAACGGCUUUCAACAAUGGUACGACGCCCUGAAAGCAGUGGCCAGACUCCCUGUGGGUAUUCCCAAAGAGUGGAGGAAGAGGGUUUGGCUGACCCUGGCUGACCAGUACCUCCACAGCAUCUCCAUAGACUGGGAGAAAACCAUGAGAUUUGCCUUCAAUGAUCGCAGCAAUCCAGAUGAUGACUCUUUGGGAAUCCAAAUAGUGAAGGACCUGCACAGGACAGGCUGCAGUUCCUACUGUGGCCAGGAGGCGGAGCAGGACCGGGUGGUGCUGAAGCGGGUACUGCUGGCAUACGCCCGCUGGAACAAGACUGUCGGCUACUGUCAGGGCUUCAAUGUUCUGGCUGCCCUCAUUCUGGAGGUCACCGAGGGAAACGAAGGAGAUGCGUUAAAGGUUAUGAUCUAUUUGAUCGAUAAAGUGCUUCCCGAUAGUUACUUCGCCAAUAACCUGCGUGCCCUCUCAGUGGACAUGGCCGUGUUCAGAGAUCUUCUGCGACUGAAGCUUCCAGAACUUUCUCAGCAUCUCCACCACCUCCAGAAAGCAGCCAAUCGGGAAGGAGGAGGCAGCUAUGAGCCUCCGCUCACCAACGUCUUCACCAUGCAGUGGUUUUUGACCAUGUUUGCCACCUGUUUGCCCCAUCACACCGUGCUGAAGAUCUGGGACUCGGUCUUCUUCGAGGGCUCUGAAAUGCUGCUGCGUGUCGCUCUGGCCAUCUGGGCCAAACUCGGAGAGCGAAUUGAGGAGUGCCAGACUGCUGAUGAAUUUUAUAGCACUAUGGGCUGCCUGACACAGGAAAUGCUGGAGCACAACCUUAUCGACUCCAAUGAACUCAUGCAGACGGUCUACUCCAUGGCCCCGUUCCCAUUCCCCCAGCUGGCAGAGCUCAGGGAGAAAUACACCUACAACAUCACCCCCUUCCCUGCCCCGGUCAGAGCCAACAGCAGUCUGGCACUCCAUGGAUGGGAGAGUGAUGAUGAUGCUGACAUGGAUGAUGAAGACUCUAUUGUCACCGCCCUGGGCUGCCUAGGGCCUCUUGGUGGUCUUCUGGCCCCUGAAAUCCAAAGAUACCAAAAGCACCUUAAAGAUCAGAGAGCGGAGCAGACCUCUCACGGCAGUAACAUGGCCGAGCUCAGUCCCGGGGCGGUGGGCGCAGGACGGGCCGAGCACCAAGCGGCCAUCAACAGCAUGAUGCUGGAGCGCAUGAGCACUGACAUCAGCGCGCUGAAGAAACAGUACUCACGCAUCAAACAAAAACAACAGCAGCAAGCCGGGCUACUUUACAUCCAUUCAGGACCUCCAGUGGAAGCUGAAACUAUUGAACCUCAUCAACCCAGUAAACAGCAGAACCAACACACUGAUAAGUGUCCAGCCACCAGUAUCCUUGCCUCCCAAAUUGGUCCCUCCCCUGUGGUCAACCAUCUUCUCUUGGGCAGGAGGCCCAGAUCCGCUCAGCGGUCCUCAAAGAAUUGUAUCAUCCAUAAUGGUGGAGUUCCCCAAGCCCACUCCACUCCCAGCCAGGAUCAGAUGAUGCGGCCAAGACAUCAUUCCCCCUGGCGCACCCAUGUGCGUGCGCACCGCAGGAACAUCGCCAGGGCACGGGCACAGCUCGGCUUUGAUGAUUCUCUGGAGAUAGAAGAUCAAACUGAUGCGAGCAAAACGGAAAAAGCAUCUGAAGAGGGAGAGGAGAGAAGACUUGAAGAAGACAAGGAUGAUGAAGAGCAAGGGAAGUUAGAGAAUGAAGAGCAAGAGAAGUUGACGGCUGGAAGCUCAGAUGUCUCUCAGCAAGAUCACAGCACUGGAGAAGGAGAGGAACUCCAGCAGAUUGACAACCAGCUGUCUUCUCUGGAACUGGAACCAGAAUCUUCACCAGAACCAGCUUCAGCUUCUGAUCCACCUACACCAACUCCAGAACCUCAGCCGGAGUCCACAGCCCCAGCUCCGCUCCCAUCCACCCGCCGUCCAGGUUCAGACUCUUCCAGCUCAGAAAGUGUAGGCUCCCUCAGAAGAAGCCCUUCAACGCUGGCUGGAGAACCUCCGAAACCUCAGCAGAUCUUCUCUCCAUUCCCCUGCAUCAAAACCCCUCGCAAGUCCGUUGCUGCGAGAAAUUUGGGCCUCUACGGCCCAACUGCCAGAACUCCAAAUGUGCACUUUCCCCAGAUGAGCAGAAGCAUGAACUGCGUAGGAAGCACCACGAAGCGCCGAUGAUGAGUCGUCGACUAGAGACGAGCACGAGACGCUUGGGUUCGAAACUCCCGACCUACCAUGAAAGCACAUGCAUUCUGAACUCUAUGCUUCCAGAUACUCCAAAACAUGCCUCAAGAGUCCAUCUACAUUUAGGAACCAUAUUGGAUAAUUUAAUGCUCCCAUGAAGUUGAUCAUAUGAAUUUAUGAAGGCCGUUUCUUUCUUUCUUUUUAAAAAAAAAAUGAAAUCCUACCAAAACAUCUGGGAAUAAUACCCGGCAGACACGGAUGAUGGUUCCACAAGCUCUUUCUGCAUGUUCAGGGGCACCAGUAUUCGCUACAAUACACUGUGUAUGUUUACUCAUAUGCUCCAAAGCUAGGAAAAUCACAAUCACGUUUAUGUAAAAUAUCUCAUGUUAUGACUGUGGGAAAUGCUACAGUUCUGCAUUCUUCAUUUAUCAAUAAUUUUUCAAACACUUUUCUCUUCACUUCUCUUGAUCUUUCCCUCAGUAAAUUAUUCAUUUGCCAUCUGAAUAAUACAAGUUGUUGUCAAUUUAGUUUAUCUCUUUUUGGAGUUCUUGUUCUAAACGCUCCUGUGACUGAACGUCCCUUUGAAUGUUUCUCUUUAUCAACCUUUGGUGCUUAUGAGUAUUGAAGGAUCACAAACACCCCAAAGAGAAUAAAAUACAUGCAAGUAUGAAAAAAAAAAAAAAAAAAAACGUUUCCGUUUCUACUUAUUUCUGCUGUGUCCUCUCCAUUAAGUAAUUUGUUUUUGCUUUCAUGUUGAAACUACAAUAGUUUUUAUGUAUACAAAGACAUCUAUCAGGAAAGUAAAACUUAACUAA